UUCCUGGCUGAUAUAGGUUAAGUGCGCAAACUAUCAACCUGAUGUAAAUAUUUCGUGAUUUGUAAAUAUAUUUUUUAGUAAGAAGUUCGUGCAGACCGAUUAUACUGAUUCUAGCUUACUUUUACUUUUAAAUAGGCAGUUCGUAAUCCUGUUAUAAUUAGGGAUUAGAAAGUUACUGGAGGCAAGGAAGUUGAUUUUUUAUAACCUAACCCAACCUUUUUGCGCGAGUAAACAAAAAACAACAUUUUAAAAUGUGGAAAGUGUUUAGUUACGAGGGAAAAUUAUUUAUGUUAAGUGUUACGAAGACUGAUGGGGGCUGCGAUAUAAUAUUAAGCGAUCUUGUCUUUAUCUGGAAAAAUCAUAUUUCCACUUCAGAUUUACUUGCAGAAUACCAGCGCAAUGGUUGCUCUAUAAAUUCCGAUAUAGACAUUAGAAACAUCCUGCUGGAAACGGUAAACAAUUUACAAGAAGUCAAUGCUUCUGUGAAGCACAUCUUGAGCACAGAUGUGGAGUUGAUUUUGGAAAAGAGUUCGGUUCAGAAGGAUUCAGAACUUGAGCAAAAUAUUGUAAAUAAGUUUACGCUCAUAAAACGGGACCAAGAAAUAUUUAGAAAUACAAUAGCUAUUCCAAUGAUUCAAACCUUGAAUUACUUAGAACAGCAAAAUAAAGUGUUACUAAGUUUGAUACAGAAGAAAGACCGAGAACUUGAGGAGUUUAGAAUGGAAAAAGGUGAUAUUUCAAGAGACGAAUUGAAAACAGAACCGUUUGAUCCAAAAUCACUAGAUGCCAAUACCAAGAAUUUGUUUUUAACUGUGUUUUCCGACGAAAGCAGCAAAAGCCUUUUGAAGAACCUCGCGGAGACGAAUGGGGAAAUCCAGGCAAACAAAUUAGAAGUCGAAACGCAACCAUGGAAUAAUGUUAAGAGAAAAAAAGUUGUUCGCGAUGGUAAAACCGUCGCUAAAAAGGGGGCUGGAAUUAUUUUUAAGGGCUCCAAGUGAUUAUAAUUAUCUUCAUUAUUCAACUAACUAGUCCUGGAAAGUAUUACAUUACAUUGGCAGGCAAGGACCAAGUGUAAGUUAUUUAAUACAAAGUUUGUUCACCUAUGCUGGCAAAUGUAAUCAGAAAUAGUCAUAGCCAGAAAACGGCACAUCCGGAAUACUUGUCGGAACUGUGAAAAUAAUUAUAAAUGCGUUAUAGUCGAACCUGUGUCACAUAGAAAAAUUUAACACACAGUGAGAUACGGAUGAUUUUGUCAAAACCACAGUCAGUACCUUAAUAGACACAUAUUUAUGAAA